AUGCCCGACCCACGAGUCUUCAUAAUCCGCCAUGGCGAAACAGAAUGGUCGCUCAACGGCCGCCAUACAGGAGUCUCAGACAUUCCGCUUACCGAAAACGGCGAGAAGCGUGUAAAGGCCACUGGCAAAGCGCUCGUCGGCGACGACAGAUUAAUCGUACCAAGCAACCUAGCACACAUCUACGUCUCCCCCCGCACGCGCUCCCAACGCACCCUCGAACUCCUAAACCUCGGCUGCAAAGAACGCUACCCCUGGCACUCCACCUCAAAACCGCACACGCCAGACAUCCGCACACACGCCACAAUCGAAGUAACAGAAGCCGUCCGAGAAUGGGACUACGGCGACUACGAAGGCCGCGUGACCUCUGAAAUAAAAGCCGACCGCGAGAAACGCGGAUUGGGGUCUGACUGGGACAUAUGGAAAGAUGGGUGCGAAGGCGGCGAGAGUCCAGAGGAUGUGACGGAGAGACUGGAUAAGCUGAUCAAGGAGCUGAGGGAGAAGUAUCACCAGGGCAAGUUUGGGAAGGACGGGAAGCCGAAUGAUGUGCUUAUUGUGGCGCAUGGGCAUAUCUUGAGGAGCUUUGCGGCGAGGUGGGUGGGGAAGAGGUUGGAGGAGAAUCCUAGCUUGAUUCUGGAGGCGGGUGGUGUGGGGACGUUGAGCUAUGAGCAUCAUAGUAUUGAUGAGCCGGCGAUUUUGCUGGGUGGUGCGUUUGUGGUGGAUGUUGUGGAGAAGGAACAGGAGGAGAAGAACGAGAAGUCGUAG